GGAAGAGGAAAGUCGACGAGGAUAGCAAGAUUUCAAUGUGGAGCUCUAAUCUAGUGAGUGAUAGAGGUCAAAACUUUCGUUUGUGACCAAGAGGUCCGGCGGUUUACGCGGACAAACGACUGCUUCCUUUCUUUCGCUUCGAUAGCAACCCAUUCUUCUCUGACGAAUUUAUUCAUCGUUUUACGGACGUCUCUCUUUGGUGAGGCCAAACAUGUUGUUGGCACUCCCUACAAUCCGAGAGCGUUGUUUAAAUCUUGUGGAAGGGGUGAUGUGGUCUUUUUAAACUCUUACAUGUAGUUUUCUUUCGCAGGAAUUCGGCAGUCGUGCACACACUUUUAUGGAGUUCAUCAUCGACAGUGGAGAUUGGUGUCAGGCACAACACGAGUGAGGAACUUGCAUCGUUGUGGAUGGGUUGAUUCUGUUUAAUUUUAAGCAAAGCAUCAGCGAGUUCACUGAAUUUUGGCAGAAAACACUUUUGUAAGAAAUAGAAUUAAUGACAGACAUGAAAAUGCCUUCUGGAACCCGAGUACCUAACCACGGAAGAACACUACACGGGCCAGGCCCUGUCAUGGUGGAGCACAAGAACAUGAAGUUUUUGAUCACGGAUCGACCCACAGAUGCGACCUUGCCUCGUUAUAUAGAGGUAAAUACUAUUUUCUAUGAUCAGCUUUUCUUUUACAGUGUUAAAACUCACCCAAUCUUGUCUUUUUCCCCAGGAUCUCAAGAAAUACGACGCCCAUGUUGUAGUGAGAGUGUGUGAACCAACUUAUAACGUCGAUCUGUUAGAAGAGCAAGGGAUUAAUGUUCUGGUAAGGUUAAAUUGAUUCGUUCCUGUGUCAUUUUAUGGUGCAAUAUAACCGUUUUCGUUCAGUGAUAUCUGUUUUAGUUUAACAGGGUUUUUGUCGGUCAAACGCGCUACAUCGUUCGAAAGGAAGUGUUCAGCUGUUUUGUAGUCGGCGUGUCCAUUUUGAUUUCUUGCGUUGACUGUUGUUAUGCGUUCAAAGGAAUAAUUUAUGGAGUUGUUUAAUGUUGGCGGCAAAACCAUACUUAGAAAUUCUGAUCUUUUUAGUUUGGCCUUGUAAUCGAUCAUUCUUAUAAAAUAUAGCCUUUUAAUAAACCUUUGAUGUAAAUGAAAUGGACAUAAGACUUCGUAUGAAAUCAACAACGUCGAAACCGAAAGCGAAUUGCUAGCAUAAUUUCUAAUCUUUGGUUACAUUGUGGCGUAUUUUCUUCAAUUUACGGCGUGCUCUGUUGCUCUUUCUUGGAGUGUAUUGUUUCGUUUUCCAUUCCCUAAAAUUUUUUCUUAAAUAUUUCCGUUAUGUGGAAAUUAUGCUAACCAAUUUUCGUUCACAAAGCAAACAUGCUUGCCUGUGGUCAAACCGGCUUUACCGGCUGAGACGACAGACGCGCAUCCAGUAAACCAGCUCUUUUGCCGUUCUUUGUCGAUACAGUGGUCUUUUGAGAAUUAUCAUUCGUUUUACCUUAAGUACUCAUGACAUUCCCAUGACCGGAACAUUAUAAUCAAUAUAUUUCUUCAUUCAUUACGUGCUUAACACCCUGGGAAGAAAAUUAUUUGAAUUUCACUUUAGAAAUGUUUGUUAUACUGAAUUAAUGAAAAAGAGCAGUUAAGUGAAUUCUCUUAGUUCGUCUUUUUUGUAGAUCAUAUUGUCUACGAACCUCCAAACCAAAAUCUCCCCGCCUUAUUGAUUACAAGGUUGCUGAGUGGUGAUUAUUUGAGGAGGAAGUCGUUGAUGACUUUCAGUGUUAAAGCGUUUUUGACCUUUUUAAAAGGCAGACGAAUUUCCUUAAUGCAGUAGCUUUGUGUCACGUAUAUAACCUCGAACUUCCUGUUUAUAAAUAGUUUAACCAUUGAAAAUAAUUACAAGUAGUAAUACAUGUUGAAAAUCAUGAAUUCCCAAAUCAUUUUAUUGAUGGGUGAACUGACACUUUGGGAUUUGGGGAAGAAGAUUGAAAUGAAUAUGACACUUUUAAAACAAGGAAUGUUCAUUGGUCCAUUGGCUUUUAAAGUAAACUUGAAAAUGUUCCAAGAUAUAUUGCUCACAAGGGUUUUUACCACAUAGCGUUCUGCUGUUUUUAAUGGGUCAUGUUUCCUCCGAUGGUCCAAAUAUUACAUAGGUCAUUCGAUUUAACUAGGUUUUUAAACUUUUGAAUUUAACAAUAUUUGUAUUUUGUGGUUCCAGAAAAUAUCCAUACCUAUUACCUGAAUGGUCAAUCCAGUUUUGGAGGGGAAGGGGAUCUUUAAGGCCGAAAUUUCUAAUGAAAAGUAUGAAGCUAAAGGAGGAUUUUUCAAUGGAAGGACAGAAGGGGGACAAAUAAAAAACCGUCCUUGGGGGAUUUAUGGAUAUCUUUUAUUCUUGGAACAACACAUUCACCAAAAUGGCUGUUAUAAGUAAAUUCAUACCUGUAAAUACAUGCUAAUCAACAUGUCAUCACAAUGAAUUUACCUUUUCUUUUGAUACUUUCCUUUAGGACUGGGCCUUUGACGAUGGCGCCGCGCCACCAAAAGAAGUAGUUGAAGGUUGGCUGCAGCUACUAAAGAAGAAGUUUAAAGAGAAGCCAGGGUCGUGCAUUGCUGUACAUUGUGUGGCAGGAUUAGGAAGGUUGGUCAUCUUUCUUCUAAGCUCACGAGGUGUAGUGAUUUAUGCGUUUUAUAAGGACCUUCAACUCUGGACCUGAGUCAUUUGAGAUGCUGAUUUCAAGCCUUGUUGUCCUAUUUUCUCUCUUCACCCAAUGACGGUUGCUCAAUGCUGGAUUGUGCCAUGCACCAGAUAAAUAACUAUCCAGCGGAAAAGUAGCAGGGAAAUCAGUGGAUAGAGAUUUAUCCAGGGGAUACUAGGGCUCAAAAUAACGACCGGCCAAUGCACAUUUUUACACACCAAGAUGACCAUUUGUCUGGACAAACUUUCAUUUUGCCAGUCAUUUUGAUUCAACACAUAAAUAUGAGACCAGAAAAAAAAAAACAUUUUCAGACUAUUAUGUUUCAAGAAGACAAGCAUCUUUCUUUUUACAUUGUGUUUUUGCUUGUUUGGCUAGUAGGUUCAAGGUACCAUCAUAUUAUUUUUAAUAUUUUGCCCAGUCAGUAGAGAGACAUGACCGUGCUAAAAUUCCUUCCUACAGUCAACAUGACGAUUAACAGUCCAGAAUGUAUUUUGAGGUGUUAUCCACCUUUUGAACAACUGAGGCCAGGUCUUUAAGUGGGUACCAGCAAAAUACUGCGGAGACCAUAUCUCUGCAAUGGACUAGCAUGCCAUCCAGGGCCAAGUUGCAAUACAUUGCUAGGUACUUAAUGGUACAGCUGUGUAGCCUCCUUGACUGGCGUGUGUUUUAACGUUGUAGUUAUGUAUAUUCAAUUCACUUUCCUUUUCUGGUUUCUGUAAACAUUUUGCUUUAAGGGUCACUGCAGUUACAGAAAAUGUAAACAUGUAAUAUAUGUAGGAAUGUUUACUCUUUCACGAGUAACAUGCGCCUAAGCCCCAUUAUUGGUACUCUAAAAAGGCAAUUAACUUUUUUUUUUACAGAGCACCCGUUCUUGUGGCACUGGCUCUAAUUGAAAGUGGAAUGAAAUAUGAGGAUGCUGUGGAAUUUAUUAGAAGGUGAGGCAUGCAUUGAGUUUUCAAUUCAGGAAAAAAAGUACAAUGUGGAUAUGCACCUUGGCUUUGUGUACUGCCUUAUUUGAUGCGUAUUUCUGAAGACACCAUAACAUGGGCAGACUGGUCAGAUCAAGGUUGUAACAAUGUGAAUGAAACUAGGAUCUGGUAAAUUACUUUUGACAAUUGAUUUACCUUUUGCCCAAAUCACUCCCAUUUACCAAGAGAAGGCUUUGAAAGCUUGAAAGUAGAAGUGAAAUUUGAAGUUUCAGUUUGGAAUAUGCCAUCCCCAUUGAUAAAGUUUCCAUUUCUGAUGUUACAUUGCUGAGGGAAAUUUUCCUCUGGAACAACCCGAAAAGUUGUGUUCUACUUACAUUUCAACUAGAACUUCGUAAACUUUUUGUAAAGGUUAAAGGGGCUGUGUCACGGCAGUCCAGUUCAUUUUGUUUAAUUUUUCCAAUUACUCGCCCUCAAUCACUAUGGAAGUUAAAGUAAGCAAAGAAAUUACCUGGAAAUGACAAAAUCAGAGAUUCGAGACGAACAAAUUUGUAUCCUGAGCAUUAUUUUUUAAGUUGCAAACAGUAGAGAUCAACUUUGAAAAACUGUUGGGCUGCACAGUUUUCAAAAACCCUAAUUUCAAUCCGUUUCAAUCUUCCUCAGUUUUGCCCGUCCGUGGCAUCUGUUGUAUCUGUUGUGUUCUUUUAACCUUCCUUUAAUGUUUUAAGCAGUUAUUUUUACGUUUCUCUUAAUUAAAAAGGCAUUUUAUAAGUACCUAAUUUGGCUGAAUUUCGCGACACAGCUCCUUUAAAAUCACUUUGAUUACUUAUUUUGACUCUUUCUACCUUUUUUUUACAGGAAAAGAAGAGGAGCAAUUAAUGCAAAGCAGCUGAUGUACUUAGAGCAAUACAAGCCUUCAAAAUUACUUAGGGAAAAGGGGGGUGCAAACUGUUGCAUUCAAUAGGAAGAGGGAACAGUGCCAGUCAACUGUAGUUACUGAAAAAUUCUUGUUACUGGGACACAAGACAGCUGAAUAAGUUUAGGAUUAUAGGAGCUUGAUUGUGGAACUGACAAAGUUUCAUACAGCAAAAAUGUCACUUUUGAUCUUCAAGGAGAGAGAAUAGGCUAACUUGAUUUAUCAGCAGAGGUUAUUUUCCACUUGAUUAAUUUUUACAAUGACGUAUCUGAAAAUUGUUAAUAGUACUAUUAAAUUCAUGUAGCCUAAAAAUCUUUCCGUAGGGUAGUGGCUCUGUUUUAAGAGCAAAUUUGCAGUCUGUACAUUGUAAGAUUUGAAAUAACUCCCAAGGUCUCUCAUUUUAGUCAUAAUCUUCUAGGCUGCUGAUGACAAAAGUGUGGCUGUAACUUUAGUUUCGAUAAAAUUAACCUUCAUGUAGCUGUUGAUGUAGACAAUGUUUAACUAUCUUUGCUGGGAAAAUUUAUUGUUUCUCAUUCUAAGAUCAGCAUCUUUCUAUAUUUUUUAUAAUCGUAAAUUGGAAUUAUUUUCUCCUUACUUUCAGUCAAGUGUUGAAACUCAAUUAGCUAAAUAAAUAACAUACACUAUAUUUCAUGUCUCAAGUGAAGAGAGUAAGCUUUAACGCAUGUACCAAAAAUAAACUUCAGUUAAACUGAAAUUAUCUUACAAUAUGUGACAAAUUGGAUCUGCACACUUUAUUGAUAACGCCCUUGAAAAGAGGGUAACGCCAUUUACUUUUUUGCCUAGUAAUGGUUUUGUGUUCCUCAGAAAAAUUUUUGAAAAGAUAGUAUCCUAUGUAAUGUUAAUGGCUAACAAGACAUCUGCAAAGUCGAACAGUGAGAACUGUUUGAUAAUUUUAAAGAGACCAUCCUAGUUUCUGUAAUGUUAGAGUGGCAUUAGUUUGUUUUAACUUGAAGUCGGUCUAGUUCCAGUAACCUUGUAUCCUAUUAAAUUUUAACCCUAAUUUUAUUAAAUUAACUUAACUCAAAUAAUUAUUUCCCUUUUCUGUGAAAAAAAAGACUUAUUUUUAAGCAGCUUAUUGUAUUAAAUGAAAAAUGCAGAGCACUUGUAUGCUUUUGUUUCCAUCUUCCUUGUGAUUAUGGUACAAUGUACAUGACUUUAUGAUUAAUAUUACUCAAAGGAUUUUUAUUUUGCUUUUGUGCUGGCACAAAAAUUUAAAGUAUGAAUACCUUAUAACGCAUGUGAUAGUUUAUUUGGUUGAAAAAGAUUUUUUGUAAGAGAUGAAAGAUUUUUUGCUGCAUGUGUAAGUCUUGUGAAUGAUUUGUUUGAUUUUAAAAGUAAGCAGUAAACAUUUCUAUUCUUUCCUUAUACUUCAUGUCAGUUUUUCUAGUUGAUAUGGUACUUUAGAAAAGCAAAAUUUGCAGUACUGAACUCAGCAUUAAGAUCAGCUGGUUCAUCAAACAAACGAAUGAAGUGAAAUUUUAGUAGGACAGUCAUAAUAUUAUAAGUUACUCAAUAAUAAUUUGAAGAGUAUGAUAAUAAAGUAUUUUCUUCAUGUAACGGGAGGUGAAAUGUUACCAGUGAAUGUGAAUCACAAUAUAAUUAACCUUAUUAUAAUUAUUGCAAAGUGAACAGAUAUUUAAAAGUACAUGUCCUAGGGAGUUAAUGUGGGCUGCCAGUGAAAUUUUAUGGUAUCAAGGUCUUAUCUUCUGUUAUAUUAUUUGACAAAUAGACUAUGAGCAGAUGUCCUUAACAAAGGAAAAAAGUACAAGUCUGGAAAAAGUUACUAUUAUUGAUACCUAUAUAACACUACUUAUCUCCUGCUCAUCUGUUUCUCAGAGGGUUUAUAGUAAGUUUAAUUUUCAAGAGUUUAACAGUGAGUUGCAUGAUUGCAGAAAAUUGAUUUACAGCAUCAAAGAACAAAGCAGCUGUUUUGUUAUUCUUCAGGUUUGUUAGUCAAUGAAAUGCAAAUAAGUGUGAGGUGUUUUUCUGCAAUCUCGCAACUUAGUGACUAGGUUGGAAGACCAAAGAUAAGUAAUUUGUCAAAGCAGAUUUUAGUUGUCUUGAAACAUUCAUGCGAAAAUAGGACAAUUAUACAUUACUCUAUCAUAGUAUCUAAAUUUAAGGGGUAGAUAGGCCUUUGAGUCUUUCUGGUCCAAACUAAUGCCUAACAAUGUUAAAGCCAUUUCUAAUCAUUGAUAACCAAAAAAGGACUUAAAGAACAAAAAAAGUAAGAUAUUCUAAACUGUCAAUGUACUUGGAAGCAGUGAUGCAAUUUUUCCUACAAUGGAAAUACCAUAAAACUGUGAAAGGUUUGAACCCAGGAGUCAUUUCAAAAAAUGGAAAUACCAUAGUUCUGAAACAAAUUAUCGUAGAUUGUUGCAGUGCUUGUUUUCUCUGCACAAUAAGUUCUCAACUCUGCAGAGUUUCUGUCUCUAACAGGUAUUAGUUCUUUCAUACAUUGCAUACACAUAGUUUACUCGCGCACAUUCACCUAGGGCAAGUUUCACAAAGGGAUAAUAUUGCACAUCUGCUUUAACCCUUUAAGCCCUAAGAGUAGUCAGCAUCAAAUUUCUCCUUGUAAUAUCACUGUUUUGUAAAACAGAGUGGUCACGAGAAUUACCGACAUGAUCACACAAGAUGACUUUGCUUGAUAUUUUAUCAACUUCUCCCCACUACUUCUGUAGGAAAUGAAUAGGGGCAACAAAUGAGAAUUCCAAUUUUGAUCUUAGGGUUUAAAGGGUUAAGAAUGGUUAGUGUAAGUUUCUAUGGCAACCACCAUCACAGAUAAAUUAUUGCUUAAUUUG